AAAGUGAAUGGUUUCAGAUACAUGUGCCGGUUCCUGUUACUCUACAUGCACGGUAGAUGGUCGGAAGUACACCACCCUGGCCGGGGUGGGAGGGAAGACCUGCAGUGUAUUGGAGGAUAACCUACUGUGUGAUGCUUAUGACCCGUACAGCCACACCUACAACGUCCUCGUUCACGAGUUUGCUCACACAGUCCACAGACACCUGCCGACCUCUAUAAGAAGCCAGAUUACUGCGGCCUAUAAUAACGCCCGUUACCAUAGCCUUUGGACUGCCAGUUCAUACGCCAUGUCUAAUGAACGUGAGUACUGGGCCGAGGGUUCUGGGUCCUUCUUCAUGGUGGACAAACAUCAGACGGCUACUGGAGGAAUGAACACAUGUGGACACACCCAUUGUCAGACAGAACAGGAAGCCCGUUAUUACAUUUACCAGAGAGACCCCAAGCUGUACUACGCCCUAUCUUACGUUUUCCUUAACUACCAGUAUUCGGUGCCGUCUUAUUUAGCCACUUGUGUUACGGGGUGACAAUAAAAUUGAUUAAACCU